CCUCUCGCAGCCGCCGCCUCCGCCUCCGCCUCCGCCGGGCUGAGCAGCCGGGAGUCCGCGGCGCUGGCUCGUAGCUGCGGGAUGGGGAGUUAGCGCCACGGCAGCGGCAGUAGCCGCGGCGCAACCGGCCGCCGCCCCCGGGCCCGUCCCGCCUGGGGCGCGGGGCGCGGCCAGCCCGCCCAGAAGCCAGGCCCGCGGGCGGCGGCAGCGGCAGAGCUGGGCAGGUGGAUGCGGCUGGAAGAUGGCGCCCUCGGGCCCGGGCAGCGUCAGGCGGCGGUGCCGGCGGGUGCUCUACUGGAUCCCGGUGGUCUUCAUCAGCCUCCUGCUGGGCUGGUCCUACUACGCCUACGCCGUCCAGCUGUGCAUAGUGUCCAUGGAAAACAUUGGAGAACAAGUUGUGUGCCUGAUGGCUUAUCAUCUACUUUUUGCAAUGUUUGUCUGGUCAUACUGGAAAACUAUCUUUACAUUACCAAUGAAUCCUUCAAAAGAAUUCCAUCUCUCUUAUGCAGAGAAAGACUUGUUGGAGAGAGAGCCAAGAGGAGAAGCCCAUCAGGAAGUUCUUAGGCGAGCAGCCAAAGAUCUUCCCAUCUACACCAGAACCAUGUCUGGAGCAAUCCGAUAUUGUGACAGAUGCCAACUUAUAAAACCAGAUCGUUGCCAUCACUGUUCCAUCUGUGAUAAAUGUAUUUUGAAGAUGGAUCAUCAUUGUCCAUGGGUGAACAAUUGUGUUGGAUUUUCAAAUUAUAAGUUCUUCCUCCUUUUCUUGGCUUAUUCUCUGCUGUACUGCCUUUUUAUUGCUGCUACAGAUUUACAGUAUUUUAUCAAAUUUUGGACAAAUGGCCUACCUGAUACUCAAGCCAAGUUCCAUAUUAUGUUUUUAUUCUUUGCUGCAGCUAUGUUUUCUGUCAGCUUGUCUUCUCUGUUUGGCUAUCAUUGUUGGCUAGUCAGCAAAAAUAAAUCUACAUUAGAGGCAUUCAGAAGUCCAGUAUUUCGACAUGGAACAGAUAAGAAUGGCUUCAGCUUGGGUUUCAGUAAAAACAUGAGACAAGUUUUUGGUGAUGAGAAGAAAUACUGGUUGCUACCCAUUUUUUCAAGUCUAGGUGAUGGCUGCUCCUUUCCAACUUGCCUUGUUAACCAGGAUCCUGAACAACCAUCUACUCCUGCAGGACUGAAUUCAACAGCUAAAAAUCCUGAAAACCAUCAAUUUCCUGCAAAGCCAUUGAGAGAGUCCCAGAGCCAUCUUCUUACUGAUUCUCAGUCUUGGACAGAGAGCAGCAUAAACCCAGGAAAAGGCAAAGCUGGUAUGAGCAAUCCUGCAUUAACCAUGGAGAAUGAGACUUAACUCUUCAGGCAAAAUAAAUUCACACUUUAUAAAGUAAAGUACCAAUGCUGCAGAAGUAUGGAAGAGGCUUUCCACAGAAAGGUGCCAUUGGACAGCAGCUUCUAUAUUCCUUUGGCUGGAUAUGCAGAAAUUUUGUUUGUUUGCUUGCUUUGUGGUACUGGGGAUUGAACCCAGGGUUUUGCACAUUCUAGGCAAGUGCUCUACCACUGGGUUACAUCUCCAGCUCUGGAUAUGCAGAAUAUUAAUUGAUUAGUUCUUUCCAAGCUGUUGCUUAAGGCAUAACAUAUUUUUGAUUCAAUAUACAAAUGUUACAACUAACAUUAAGUAUUAAAAGUAAUUGUGGUUUAUAAAUCAAAGGGGAAAUAUCUUCUGUUAAAAACUGGGAAUAAAUUAAUGGGUCACUUUUCACCCAAAUACUUGGUUUGCACAGUUUUUCACAUAAAAACCCCAUUGAUAAUCUGAUUUUCUGAUUCAGAAAAUUGAGACUAAUAUCUUCUAAGAUUUAAAAGAUUUUAAAUCACAUAAUGAUAGAUUUUAUUCAUAUUAGUUCCCUUUAAGAAAGAGAAGGUAAGAAGUAAGACUUUUUUCCCCUCCUCUAAUGUGAAUCUGGCUUCAGACCAAGUGAACUGUAAUAACAGUGAAUCUACUAUAAAGUGCUAGUGGCCUACAGUUAAAGAUCAACAUCCAUUUUUGCCAGACUUUAAAUUUAAUUCCACCCUUUAUUCCUUGCUGGAAAGUAAGUGUGAACUUUGAACCUUGGGUCCACUGAUAAAGCAAUUAGUUAGAAAACUAUUAUCAGAACUAAUACAAUGUUCUGAAAAAGUAUUUCUAUUACAUUAGAAAUACAUUUUCAUCUUUUCUAAACUUAAAUGUGGGGAAAUCUACAAUAACAAUUAUGAAGAUUGGUUUAUAACAUUCUCUUUUCAGGUUAGCUUUUAUAAAUAUUUUGUUGUUGUUAUUGUUUGUUUGUGUUUCGGUACCAGGGAUUGAACCCAGGGGUGCUUAACCACUGAGUCAAUCCCCAGCCCCAUUUUUAUGUUUUGUUUAGAAUAGGUUCUCACUAAGUUGCUUAGGGCCUUGCUAAAUUACUGAGGCUGGCUUUGAACUUUCAAUCCUCCUGCCUCAGCCUCCUGAGCUGCUGGAAUUACAAGUAUGCACCACUGCACCUGGCAUAAAAUAUGUUAGAUGAUUUCUCCUAUUGAACACAGUGGUAAGAAUUCCUGGUGGAUCAGUGGGUCCAGUGAUAGCCAUAUUAUUACUGAGUCCUUUCGUCAAACCUGUAACAGUUAAUCUGUAUUUUUCCUUGGCUACCUAUUAAAAUUAAAUUAUGCAAAUCAUAUAAAAAUCAUAUACUUUUGGAAAUUUAGUUCAACAUAAACUAAAUGGUGUACUGUUUGUAAAUUUAGUUUAAGAUGAACUAAAAUGAUGUGUUUGUUGGUGCCAAAAAAUUUGGCUUCAAUAAAUAUAAGCUCUUGUGCCUUGUAUGCAUUAUUUAAAAAAAAAAAAAGGAAAAAGUUCUCAUUUAAAAAAAAAAAAUCCA